CUAGGCGCUGAGCGCUGGGCCGCGUCCGCAAUAUGGGGUCUUCAACUUCUUCGUCCCAGUCUCCGGACCCUCCUACCCCUGCCAACCCGGUGCCCGCAGAUUCGGCCGAAGCACCGACCCCUCCCGCGGCAGCUACUUUAUUUAAUACCUGCUGGAGCUGUCGCUUGAUCUCCGGGUCCGGGCUGUUGGCGGCGGGCUCCUACGUGUACCUGUUGGCGCGGAGGCCCAUGAAGAUGGGGCUGGCCCCGGGCCCCGGGCCCGUUAUGCAGAUGGUCAUCGGCAUCAGCAUUGCCUGUUGGGGUGUAGUUAUCCUGGUAGACCCAAAAGGAAAGGCCUUUCGCGUUGCUUGAAGGUAACACCAGUGACUUUGUCAUCAUGUGUCCUUGACUUCAUGACACACAGAUCAAGCAUGGGAUUUAUGGAUAUUUUGGAUAAACACA